UAUUUCAUCUGUUUUUUUUUUUCCUUUUCCAAAUCUAAAUCUAUAUAGACCAAUACCAAAACAGCCAUUCCCAAAAGAUGGUUGCUGUGUUUAACAAAGAGCUAUUGAGUUGGUACCUAAUCACUCUCAAACUCAGAGAAACUGUAGAAUCUGGUGUCACAACAUCACCAGCACCAAACUCAGCAAAAUCUGCUGAGUUUUCUGAGCAGCCUCAAAACCAUGUCCAAAAGCAGCAGCACAAGCCAACUGAAUCUCUCCAAGUUGUGCUAAAACAAGAUGGAGAUAACAUUGAAGAUGAGCUCAAGUCACCAGAUUCUGAGUGGGUGAUUUCCAUCAUAGAAAAACUCGAACAAGCUCAACAAGAUGACUUUGUUGGUUCAUGGGCAAAGCUAUGCAUCUACAGAGUUCCUCACUACCUAAGAGAAGGAGACGACAAAGCUUACUUCCCUCAGAUUGUGUCUUUGGGGCCUUAUCAUCAUGGCAAGAGACGCCUUCGCCAAAUGGAUCGCCACAAGUGGCGUUCGCUUCACCAAUGCCUUAAACGCAACAACCAAGACAUAAAGCUCUACCUUGACUCAAUCAAAGAGCUUGAAGAAAAGACUAGAGCUUGUUAUGAAGGAACAAUCACUCUCAGCAGCAAUGAGUUUGUGGAGAUGAUGGUACUUGAUGGCUGCUUUGUUCUUGAGCUUUUUCGCGGUGCUGCUGGUGGAUUCAAGCAUCUUGGUUAUCCUAGAAACGAUCCAAUCUUCGCUAUGCGUGGCUCGAUGCAUUCCAUUCAGAGGGACAUGAUCAUGCUUGAAAAUCAGCUGCCACUCUUCAUACUUGAGCGGUUGUUGGAACUUCAGCUCGGUGAUCCUGACAAAAGAGUACUUGUUUCGAAACUAGCUCUGCAAUUCUUUGACCCUUUAAUGCCAACAGAUGAGCCAUUAUCUAAGAGUUACAGAAGCAAGCUUGAAUCAUCUAUGGGAUACAACGCCGCAACAUUUGAUCCAUUAUCCGAUCAAGGUGCCCUGCAUUGCCUUGAUGUGUUCAGAAGAAGUCUGUUGAGAAGAGGGCUUCAACCAGAGCCAAGAGUUUGGAUGAAGCGUUGGUCUCAUUCUCAUAGAGUUGCAGAUAAGAGAAGGCAGCAGUUGAUACACUGCGUCACAGAGCUAAGAGAAGCUGGUGUCAAGUUCAAGAAGAGAAAGACUGAUCGUUUCUGGGAUGUCAAGUUCAAGAAUGGUAUACUUGAGAUCCCUAGGCUGCUGAUCCAUGAUGGUACGAAGUCACUUUUUCUAAAUCUCAUUGCCUUUGAGCAGUGUCAUUUCGACUCGGGCAAUGACAUCACUUCUUAUGUGAUAUUCAUGGACAACUUGAUCAACUCACCUGAAGAUGUUGGCUACCUCCAUUACUGUGGAAUCAUAGAGCAUUGGCUGGGGAGUGACUCUGAGGUUGCUGACCUCUUCAACAGGCUUUGCCAAGAGGUGGUUUUCGACAUAAACGACAGCUAUCUUUCGAGGCUAUCUGCUGAUGUAAACCGCUACUACAACCAUAGAUGGAAUGCUUGGAGAGCUAGCUUGAGACAUAACUAUUUCAGCAAUCCUUGGGCCAUUAUUUCGUUUGUUGCAGCUGUUGUGUUGUUGGUGCUCACUUUUGCUCAAACCUUUUAUGGAGUUUAUAGCUUUUACAGGCCAUCAAAUUAAGCCAAGUUUUAAGAAAAACUUACUUUUAUGUGUUUCAUUCUUUUCUUGGGACAAAUCCCAUCAAGGAAAAACACUUAAACUUCUGUAUGAACAGUUAUUUUCUUUUGCAAUUGUUUGCUGCCAAAGCCUUAAAUCCAGGAUUGGAGUUUCAUGUUCUUGAGUGUCUUGUUUGUCAAGUUUUGAGGCUUUUCAAAUGGGUUGUGAAAAUGUUCUUCAAAAGCAUCACUGUCUGCAAUUUGAAUGACUGAAUCGAACAUAAGGGCACUGUCUGCAAUUUGUAUCUUUGUAUGUUUUUAAUAAUAAGUUAAAGUUCAAUUUU